GAAGUACAGCCACGCUUUUCUUCACAAACACACACACACACACACACAGGUCAACUACUUGUUGUUCUCUAUUGUUACACACUGAGCCACAGUCACUGCGGAGUUAGCACUUAGCAUCAGACGUUUGCCUAUACUUUAGCUAAGUUAGCUCACCGAUGCUAACGUUAGCCCCGCUCGGCUAACCGUGGAAACGAGCCCUAAACACGAUUGUGUGACGUCAGCGGCAGACCUCGGCUAGUGAUGUCUGGAGCUGGAGGGAUAAUGCAGGACUAUCGGCUAGACAUGUCUGGGGCUGGAGAGAAGAUGCAGGACUAUCGGCUAGACAUGUCUGGGGCUGGAGAGAAGAUGCAGGACUAUCGGCUAGACAUGUCUGGGGCUGUAGAGAAGAUGCAGGACUGUCGGCUAGUGAUGUCUGAGGCUAAAGAGAAGAUUCAGGACUUUCUCGGCUUUGCCUCGGAGGUCUUCAGCUCGACCCCUCUGAAGAGCAGCGGUCGGGAGGGACAUGUCCACGCACCCGGGGGCAUGGGAGACGGAGUCCUGUCCGAGGACGAGGACACGUUCUCCCUGCUGUCCCCCAUCUACCAUGACAGUUUUGAGAGUGAGGAGGAGGAGGAGGAGGAUCUGGAGCUCAGUCCGGCUGAGGAGGACUCACCCCGGCAGAGCCUCCAGUCCGGACUCAGCCUCUCUCCAGUCAGGUGUGAGCUUCCAAAAAGACCCGUUGAGCAGUUGUUAAGGUCGGCGGUGCAGCCUGCGGCCUCACCCACACUGGGUGCAUGGGAGAUGUGGCUGGUGAACAAAGCCAAAAAGGAUCGACUCGAACUGGAAAAGAAAGCCGAGAAGGAGGGCUUACUUAAGGAAAAACAAAAACAAGAAGAAAGGGAGCGUGAGCGGAAAAAGAAGGUCAUGGAAGAGAAGAUCCAAGAGUGGCUUAAGAUCAAAACAGAUCAGGAGAAACAUGAGCAGCUUGUGAAACAGUGGAAGGAGGAGGAGGAGAUGCAGUGGCGGUUGGAAAAUCAGAGGGAGAUUGAACAGAAAGCUCAGCUGAAGUACAGAGCCUGGCUGCAGAAGAAGAACCGAGAAAAAGUAGAAAAAGAAAAACAGGAGAAAGAGGAAGCUGAACUGAAGGAGGAGCAGGAAAAAGAGCGCCGCAAGAGGGCAGAGCAGAAGUUUAAGGAAUGGGUGACGGCGACCAAUGAAAAAAGCAGAACAGUUCCCAAAUCACCUUGCUGCCCUACUACAAGUCCCUAUGACAAAACCUACCCAUCACCCAGCUACGUCAAUCCCAUCCCAUGGAAGCCGAUUCACACACCACCUCCAGAGACAUCACUGAAGAAGACCACUGGGAAUAAACCUCAGAAACAAAGAAAAAACCAGCAAAGCUCCAGGACGACUUAUAGACUUAGAAAUGUGGUGAGUGCUGCACAGAUGCUGCCGGGGAGAUGACACAGCAGAGUCUGUGACACUGCAGCUUUGUUUCGGUUCAACCACAGCUCCUGAACUGACACCAUGAUGAGUCACAGCAGGAUUUCUGUUCUCUAAUAUGGUAAUCGAGACAUGGUCCAUCAUGUCCUGUUGACGUUUUUCAUUAUUGUCUUUGAAUUAUACACCGGAGCAAUUUGUUGAAUGCAUUUAAUGUAAAGUUUAAGUAAUUAUACUGUUGAAUAUUCAGGUUUUAGUAUGUUUACAUGAUUUAAACAUGAUCUAACCCAACAGAUGUUAAUAGGUUGUUCUGAUACUUUGAUCAGCUUUCAUAUUCUAAGAUGGCUACAGCCACAUCACCCUAUCUUAUUCUCGCUCUGUAUAAAUUAACAAAGCUUGUUAUUGCAAUAAAUAGACUAUAAACAUCUC